CUUCUUGUGUCCCUGGUCAGAGGGGGAUUUCGGGUUCCAUCUGUACCUGUGCUCUGGGCUCCCAGCCUGAACUCGGUACUAGAAUGUUCUGUAUGUUCAGGCUACCCUGCUUCCAGCGCCAUGCGCACGCACACACCUGGAGGCCCAAGUGUUCAGGGGUUCGGCCCUAAGUCUGGUGUUUUGUCCCGGAAAACCUUUGCCUGGGGUGAUCUUGAUUUAUCGGAUGCCCUGGAUGACACGGAGAAGAAACCCACACCAACCCCAAAAAAACCCACUUCUGGCGACGACUUCACCUUAGAAGACGCGUUGCCCGGUGGAGGCCACGAUGAUCCCAUGUAUCCCGGGCCGCCGAAACCAAAACCGAAUCCAAACCCCCAGCACCCCGGAACGUCGGGUGGGUUUUCAGACAGCGACCUGGGCGACCAGACGUCCGGUGGAGGAGGUGGCGGAGGCGGUGGAGGCGGUGGUGCUGGCACAGGCGGUGGCGGAGGAAACCAGCGGCAUGACGGGGAGGGACAAGGCGAGCCCCAGGGCGUGGUCCCUGGCAUCAUAGGGGCCGUGGUGGUGGCUGUGGCCGGGGCCAUUUCCAGCUUUAUUGCCUACCAGAAGAAGAAGCUGUGCUUCAAGGAAAACACGGACCAGACCGACAUCCAAAUGGAGACCAAUCCGACCAUGAACACAGAGCCGCUCGUUCAAGAGACGGUCAUCGGGAAGUAGGAGGCGGCCAGCGCACUGAACUUGGAGGUCGCACCGGGACUAGGGGGGUUUGGAUGCGGCGCCUCCAACGAUGGGGCGGGGCGGGGCGGGGCGGCGCCGGCCCGGGCAGCCUGCCGGGAACCAGCGCCCCCUGCACCAGCGCCCCCUGCAGGGCCCCACCUGCACCAGCCUCGUCUCGCCCCGCCCCCUGCUCACCUUGGAUCCUGGGGUCCACAUCUCAGAAGUGGCUCGCCUGUCGCUGUGCUGGCUCAAUGCCGGGGACCCACCAGGAGUCCGACAUCCGGGAGGGGAAAAUUUCCCACGCCUUCUCCCAAGGCCCUCCAGGGUCCCCACGGGAUGGGACCGACUGUCCACCGAGAAGCCCCCCCGCCCCCCCGGGCGCCAUUCCGGUUUCGGAAGCCCCGCGCCACGGACGCACUGAAUGUUCACCGGACACGCGGGAAACUUCCCCAGCAACUGGCCUUUCAUACACCGUGAGAGGACCCUGCAGUCCGCUUCCUCAAAAUUUCGUGUCUGGGGAUUUUUUUUUUUUCACGGCAGGCGAAUAAAAAGGAAUUAGAAACCA